AUAUACGUAAUGUGUAUUUUUUUUCUUCCACUUUAGAAUAUAAAACGAAGAGCCAACCACGGUCUAACCAUUCUGACCAAUUCACUGCUCAGUUUUGUCAACUUUGAUCAUUGUAGUUCCGAGCACGACCCAGUCAUUACCAGCGACUGUUGAAAGUCAAUUAAAUAAAAACCCAGAGUAAAAGUCUGACACUAUCGAUAAUUUUAAGUUUUGGAGAGAUUUUUUUCCCCGCUGAGCUGUAGAAUAGAAUCAUCAUGGCGUCCUUUCCGAUAGAACCGCUGUCACGCGAGUUAGAAUGCGGCAUUUGCUUGGAGAUUCUGCGAGAUCCUCGUAUACUGGACUGCUCACACACAUUCUGUGGGCCGUGCAUCCCAGGAGUGGUAGAGUCCAGCAGGAAGAGCAUAAAAUGCCCCUUGUGCCAGCAACACACGGUCAUGCCAUCUGGAGGAGUCGGCGCCCUCAAGCCCAACCUCCUCGCACGAAGCAUGGCUGAGGCAAUGACCACCAUGAAUCUGGGGAGUAUCGAGGUUGGCCAAGAGGCCACGGAGCCCCAACCCUUACCCCAGAGCAGACCCACCGCCGGUCCCUCUCCUUCCCUUCCCACGUGCCUCGCACACCCAGGCCAGAGACUUGAGUUCUACUGCGUGGAGUGCAAGCUGCCGCUGUGUCGACAAUGCACAGUCGACACUCACCUUCCUCCGCAGCACACUGUAUCCGACAUCGACAACGUCGCCGGAGGGCCAAGAGCUCAACUCAAAGAUCUGGUGGACCUGUUUGAGACGGAGCAGGCAAAGUAUGACCAAACCUUGCAGAUCGUAAAGGACAGGGAGGUGGAUUUCACUGCUGCGGCGCAGAGGGCGAGAAAGGACAUCAGCGAAGCUACCGAGAUGAUCAUCGCUGACGUGCGGACAAAGCAGCAGCAGCUCUUGGAUCAAGUCGACUUCAUCACUGGCACCAGGAGGGGUGUGAUCGGCAGGUACGUGGUAGAGAUACAGGGAGUCUUGGACGGGUCGAAGGACGUCAUUCCUAUAGAGAAGAACAAUUUCGAGGGUAAAGACGACUCGACCAUCAUGGCGUUACACCGGAGAAUCAAGAACGGCCUAGAGAAAAUGAAACACCAACCGCCACCGAGCCCUGAAGUGAUUGAUGGUCUGGGUUUUUUAAAGUUCAGCGCAGAGAGGACGCCAGCAUUCAACCUGCACCUCGGGGAUCUGCUGGAAGACGAGGAGUGGUCUCUGGACUUGAAGUUCGGCUCGUUUGGCUCCGAUAUCGGCAAGUUCAAUUGCGCGCGCGGUGUUGCAAUCAGCCCCGCUGGAGACAUUGCAAUCGCAGAACAGAGGAACAACCGCACCUGCAUCUUCGAUACGAACGGCAAACACAAGGUGACCAUGAGCGGCAAGUCCAGUGGAAACCCCAAACGAGGGGACCGGGAUGUGGCGUUCUUCCCAGACGGCAGAUGCAUGAUACUCAGCAAAACCAGCAACAUCGACAUGUACGGCGGGAACGGCAGUCACCUCAACUGCAUACUGACACCGUCUGCGAGCCCCUGGUCCUUUGCAGUCGACGCAGGAGGAACCAUCUACCUGGGCGACGCAUUGCAGAAAACAAUAUACAUCAUUGUCGAUGGUCAGGUUAUCAGGAAGUUAAAGCCAACUCAACAGCCGAUUCAUCUCGAUGUGGAUAACAAAGGUCGCAUGUUGGUGUCGAAUCAUGUUUCCAAGCGAGUAGACAUCAUGAGCACGACAACCGGUGACGUCCUGUUCUCCAUUCCUUCGAAGAGCAUCGAUCCGUCCAAUCAGGUUUCGCCCUGGGGAGCCUGCUUCGGACCCAGCGGUUCCAUCUUCGUUCCGUUCUACAUCAACGACCCCAAGCUACAAUUGAGUCAGCCUGGUUCGGUGCAUGAGUUCGGUGCGGACGGAAGACACGUCGGCUGCGUGGCUAGGGAUUUGAGUAUCCCGAGGUCGGUUAGAUUCACGCUAGAUGGGAGGCUUAUUGUCUGUGAGGGAACUCGUAUUAAACUGUUUCGCAAGGUAUAAAUGGGGGUCUUCAUGAAAGAAAGUCAGCUUCAGACUUGAGUCUGUAUUAUGUGCUUGGAUUAUCAUGCUAUGCAGCAUCAGAAUUGUAAAAAAUAUGCUGCAAUUUUGCAAAGUAAAACUAUCAAUUAGCUUAUACUAGACGACACAUCUCCACAAAAAAAAUGUUAAUGAAAAAAAAAGUAAUUUCAAGCUUUAAAACAAUAGACGUUGAAACUAUUCAUCCAGCUUAAGAAUGUUGC